AAAGGCCAAGGGUUCGUCCUUGGUAGGCAGUUGUUAUUCAGUACUCUUCAUUCAUCGACCCGUUAGCUUGAAGGAGGACAGGGAAAAUUACCCACCGUUAUUCCUAAAGAUUUGGGUGGUUUGCUAAUUUUUAAAAUCGGACAUAAAAUAUAACAAGAUACAAUCUGAAAAGUAACCACUACACCAUGGCGCCUGGUCGGCUAACCCCUUCGCACAAAUCUCCAAUUAAGGAUGCCACCUGUCUCUCGCGACUUUUCUUCAUAUGGCUAACUCCUCUGCUUUACAAGGGGUGGAAACGUGACUUGGAAUUUAGCGACUUGUACCAAAUCUCGCAAUCGGAUCGGGCCGAAGACUUGGGCCGAAUAUUGGAAACUUCCUGGGCUAAGGAGAAAAAGACGAGGAAAAGUCCUAAAAUUCUAUCCGCACUGGGAAAAGUUUUCUGGAAAGAUUACGCCAUUUCUGGAAGUAUUAUUUUUGUGAGGGAAGUUCCACUAAGAAUUAUUCAAGCCUUACUGGUCGGUGCAUUGGUGCGUGCGUUAAAACAAGGGGAUAGAGAUGAUGAUGCCAAUAUGAAUUGUAUUCUACUCGGCGGAGGGAUUAUAGUCGUAACAUUGCUUGGCUCCAUAACUGCCCAUCUCGGCUACUUUAUCGCUGACCGAACCGGGAUGCGGGCACGAGUCGCGUGUUCAUCUCUGAUUUACGGGAAAAUGUUGAGACUGGGACAAACGUCGUUGUCAUUUGGUCAUGUCGUCAAUUUGAUGUCGAACGACUUAUCCCGUCUCGAUAUUGGAGCCAGUUUCCUGCAAUACUUGUGGAUAGCUCCGAUCCAACUGGGUGUUAUGUGCUACAUCUUGUGGGGCUAUUUGGGGUGGACCUGCCUCGUUGGGAUGGUCUUCUUAACGAUGCUAAUUCCUGUUCAAUUGUUGUUCAAAAAAUUGUUCGCCAAACUGCGAAGGAAUGUGACAGUCUGCACGGAUAAAAAGUCUCGUCUCUUAUCGGAGGUUAUUUCAGGAUUGAAAGUUAUCAAGAUGUACACCUGGGAAAACGCUUUCACCAAGCGGGUGGAAGAGGCGAGAAAGGAUGAGAUGGCCUACAUAAAGAAGACAACAUAUCUUUUGUCUGUUAAUCAAUGUUUUUUCGCAAUCUCUGCAAAAUUCACGAUAUUCUUGACCCUCGUGGCGUUCAUCUUGGUGGGAAAUGAGCUAACGGCGGAUGCGGCCUUCGUCACCCUAAUUUUGUACACCGUGGUCAACGUGUCCAUCACCAACUACUUUCCGACCGGGUUAAACAAUUUGGCCGAGAUAUCCGUGGCGAUGAAGCGACUGCAGGAUUUCCUCUCGAUGGAAGAACUACCCCCAAAGAAGGGCGAUUCCAAUGGGGGUCAUGAUGUCCACGUUCAUCUGGACCGUGCUGGAGGCAGUUGGACGACUGGAAAGGAAAAAGUUUGCUGCGAAAAUGAAUUUUCCCUUGCAAAUAUUUCCUGUCGGAUAGGAAAUGGGGGAUUUUUAGGGAUUUUAGGUCCCGUUGGAUGUGGAAAGAGCUCACUGUUACAACUAAUUCUUGGCGAGUUGUCCGACAUGAAAGGUGGUGUCCACGUGGCGGGAGGAGUGGCAUAUGCUUCGCAGCAAGCCUGGAUAUUUGGGGGCACGUUGAGAGACAACAUCCUUCUCGGGAGAGAGUACAAAGAGGCAAAAUAUCGAGAAACAAUACGGGUUUGUGCUUUGGAAAAGGACAUUUCCAUCCUACCCGAGGGUGACCUUAGUUCCGUGGGGGAAACCGGGUUUUCCUUGUCCGGAGGGCAAAAGGCGAGGGUGGGGUUGGCCAGGGCUGUAUACUCCGACGCGGAAAUUUACAUUUUAGACGAUCCAUUUUCCGCCGUGGACGCAUCCGUUGGUCGUCACAUUUAUGAAAAUUGUAUCAUGGGCUUUCUUUCCAACAAGGCGCGUAUCCUGGUAACCCAUCAACCCAGCUUUGUAAAAGGUGCCACUCAAAUUCUUCUCCUGGAUGGGGGAAGAGUUCAGUUUUCCGGAAAUUAUGAUCAGUUAGUCAGCUCUGGACUUGAAUUUGUCCACUCGGCCAUCCAAGAAAAAGAGGGAACUGGAGAUCAAGCAAAUGAUGAAGAGGUACAAGUUCCCACCAAAAAUCUGGAAGAAAUUUCCCCAAAAAAUGUGGAACCUGCCAUAAAAUUGGAUAAAUCCUGCCAAAAAGAUGAAUCAAUCCCCAAAAAACCAGACAGGAAACAAAUAUCGAUGCAACUUUACUGGAAAUACUUCCGAUUUGGGGAAUCCGUUCUUGCCUUAAUCUUAUUACUUGAAAUGUUCAUCCUUGUACAAAUCUUGUUCACGGCGUGUGACUAUUUUCCAAAAUAUUUGACACAAGUUGCAGAAACUAAAUGGAGUAACCCGACCGAAAUGCGGGAUACGAUUUGGAUUUACACGGCCUUAAUUGGAGUAAUUUUUGUUGCCGUUUUUGUGAGAAUGUUCGCAUUUUCGUUGGCAUGCAUUCGCUCAUCCGACAACUUGCAUAAGGUCGUGUUCAACCGCGUCGUCAGGACGGGGAUUCAAUUCAUCGAGGAAAAUUCGAUGGGUCAAAUUCUCAACAGAUUUACCAAAGAUUUCGGCAUUUUGGAUCAGCUCUUGCCCACCGUGCUUUUUCAAGGCGUCGAUAUAUUUUUCAAGCUUGUUGGUGCCCUUGCCAUAAUUUGCGUCAUGAAUGUCAUCCUUAUCGCCCCGUCGGCCCUUUUGUUGGUGUGUUUUUACCUCGUACGAAAAUUUUAUUUACCACCCGCCCUGAGUGUGAAACGGUUCGAAGCGAGUGCAAGGAGUGAGGUACUUUCCCACGUGAGCAGUACCGUGAAUGGGUUGCCGACGAUCAGGGCAAUGAUGGCCGAAUCCCAAUUUAGGCAAGAUUUCCAUUCUCGUCUUGAUUCCCAUUCGGCUGCCUGGUUUAUCUACAUCGCAGCCUCAAAAUGGUUGGCUUAUCUUUUAGACACGAUAAGCCUCUUAUACAUUGCGUUCGUGACGUUCUAUUUUGUAUUUUUUGAACAAGAUGGUCUCUCCGCUGGUCUAUCCAUCUCGUUGGCUAUAAAUCUUACGGUUGCGUUACAAUUUGGCGUCAGACAAUCCGUCGAAGCGGACAAUUCCAUGGUUUCUUUCGAGCGAGUAGUUGAAUAUACCCGAUUAAAAGAGGAAGCCUCCCUCACAUCGAGCCAAGCUGCUCAACUAACGUCUUCUGGAUGGCCGAAAAAUGGUAAAAUAUCGUUUCAAAACGUCUCCCUCACCUACCCCGGUCAAAGCGAUGUUUGUGCCUUGAACAAUAUAAACUUUGAGAUUCGGUGUGGCGAAAAGAUCGGCAUCGUGGGUAGAACUGGGGCGGGAAAAAGUUCCGUGAUUUCGACCCUAUUCCGUCUAACCGAACCGACGCCAGGGUCCUCCAUUGCUAUCGAUGGCGUCAACAUCCUUUCCAUUGGGUUGCACGAGUUGAGAUCUGUAAUCGGUGUGAUUCCCCAAGAUCCCGUCCUCUUUAGGGGAACACUUCGACAAAAUCUAAACCCGGACGGGAAUGACCAUCGCUUUGAUGACUACGCGAUAUGGAAGGCCGUAAAGGAGGCGCAUUUGGACGACGUGGCAAAAUCUGGGGGCGGAUUAGACUCAGAGAUAUCGGAGAACGGGUCAAAUCUAAGUGUCGGGCAGAAACAGUUAAUUUGCCUUGCACGAGUUUUACUCAGGCAGAAUAAGAUUAUCGUCAUCGAUGAGGCCACAGCAAAUAUUGACAACGGGACGGACUCCAUUAUUCAGGCCACGCUGAGGGAAAAAUUCGCACAGUCGACCCUCCUCGUGGUCGCCCAUCGACUCCACACGGUACUAAAUUGUGACAGAAUAAUGGUGAUGGACCGAGGAGAAAUUGUGGAAUUUGACACACCGUCCAAUCUCUUGCGAAAUCCGACCUCGAUUUUAUCCCAAAUGGCUGGAAGUACACGGGAAAAGCUGCUGCUCAACUUCUAGAAAAUGCGAAUUUGCAUUAAUUUUGAUAUAUGAAUUUAUUUUGUAUCCUUAUUUUCUUAAUUUCAAACAUUAUCACAAUUUUAUUCCUGACAAAUUGACUGCAUAAAAAUGCUAAAUAAAGGAAGCUUAAAUUUUAAAACUGA